UAAUUAUGAUUAUAUUCCAACAGGAGAAAUCAAAUUUUAGGAAAUGAGAGAUAGAUUUAUUGAUUUUGUAUGAGGAGAAAAUAUAGGAGAUGCACCAUUAGUCUAUUUAUCACUAGCGGUUAAUAAUGUGUAGAAGAAUAAAAGCAUUGGGAAUUGAAACAUGUUCAACUGGAAAAGGAAGUCCAAACAGUGUUGAAUUCCAUAAAGAAUUAAUAAGAAAACUAACAAAGCCUGUUUAGCAUGAGGCUUGGAUUGAAUAUGUUAUGUGUUUUUGAUCCGAAAUAUAAAAUGAAGAAUGCCUUCCAACCAUAAAUUGAAAAAUAUAUAUUAAGAAAAGCCUUUGAAGAUCUAGAUAACCCGUUUGUUCCAUAAGAAAUUUUAUGGAGAUAAAAGGAACAAUAUAUGGAUGGUGUUGGUUAUACCUGGAGAGAGGGACUUAUCGAAAGAGCUAAUCAUUUAGUUUCCGAUUAAAAUUCGCUCAAAACCUCAACCACUUAUCCCGUAUCAACCACUAGAGAUAAAGGAUAAUAUUGGUUCAAAUAAGUUUAUUCUCCUGCCUAUCCUAGUGAUAGUUCUUCCUUGAUAGUAAUCAAAUGUCACCAAUUUAUCUUUAAGGCCUUAGAAUGGGAUGAGGCUUUCAAGAAAAAUGCAGAUAAGUCUGGAAGAGCAGUCUUCUUAAUACACAACUAUGCACUCAAGAAAAUCCUACUAGAAGUAGACAAAAUAAAAGAUGAAAGCUUCAAAGUAUACAAUCGCUAUUAGUUGUGAUAUGCUAUAAAUAUUAGUACAUUAAAUAGUUUGAGAAA